UUCAUCACCGAUAAAUAGUUGCAGUUCCUUUAAAAUAGAUUCUAAAAAUUUCAAUACAAGACUGAAACAGAUCAAAAUACUAAACAGCUACAAGAUGAAAAAUGAAAACUAUACAGACAGCAACAGUGAAGACUCGGAUCCAUUUACUAGAAUUAUGGAUCAAGUUGGAUCACAUCCAAAGAAUAAAUUCCAAAUGGUCUACAAAUGGGUUUUCAUUGUGGGAUUAUCUGCUUUUGGUUCAUUAAUUUACAUGAAUAUAUUUUUGGCAUUGGAUGAACCAGAUCAUUGGUGUAAUGUACCAGGAAGAGAACAAACAAAUUUAACAUUGGAUGAGUGGAGAGAUUUAACAUUGCCAAAAGAAUUGGAUAAUAGAAAAGUGGAGACUUUUAGUAGAUGUAAGAUGUAUGAUAGAAAUUAUACAGAUGUAACGCUUAUGUUAAGCAGUGGAUUUAAUGUUACUGAUGCUGAUGCAGUAGAAUGUGCAUUUGACUUCAGUUAUAAUAAGACUUGGUACGGAAGUACGAUAACGAGUCAGGAAAGUUGGGUUUGUGAGAAAGAACUCUACGUUACCAACACGUUUGUGAUAAAUCGAGUGGCUGAAGUUAUGGGUGCGCUGGUUCUUGGACAAAUGGGUGACACGUAUGGCCGUCGUCCCGUCUAUUACAUCGGUGCUGUUCUCUCGACAAUUGGAAGAUGCCUAUGUGCAAUUACUACUUCAUCAUUUUCAUUAUUCCUGAUAACAUCGAGUUUAGCAGCAUUGACUGUUAACAGUCUUUUUCAGUCACCUGUUGUUAUUGCAAUGGAAAUUUCUGGAGAAGAUGAAAGAUCAAGUAUUGCACUUUAUCAAAGUUUUGGAUGGUUCCUUGGGACAACUGCGAUGCCUUUUGUAUUCUGGUGGCUGCGAGAUUGGAUUCCAUUUUUGUUAAUAACAACGUUGCCAACUUUAUUGGUGUUUUUGUUUUACAAAUACGCCAUCGAGUCUCCAAGAUGGCUGAUUAGUAGACGACGAUACGCCGAUGCUUUGGUACAGUUCAAGACGAUAGCCUUUUUAAAUGGCAGAAGUAUUACAACCACUGAAAAAGAAUUAACUGAUUUGUUUGGAAAUUCAGAAGAAGAGAGCAUGUAUGGUGUGGCGUCGUUAUUUAAUAGCUGGCGUAUAGCUAAGAACACAAUAAUCAUGGGCUUUAGUUGGUGUAUUCUUGCAUUAUCAUAUUUUACACUGGUCUUAAUCAGCUCACGAAUGGGUGGUAAUCCCUUCUUAAAUUUUUCAUUACAAAAUUUCGUUGAAAUUCCUGCUUGUAUUCUUGGAAAAUUUUUAGGUGACAAAUAUGGUCGUCGUGUAACAAGCAGUAUAUCAUAUUUGGUUUGCUUCCUUUCCUGUAUUCCAGUUAUAAUGUUCGCCCAAAAUACUGAAUAUGAAAAUUUGAUGACACUUAUAGCCACAUUUAUUAAAUUACUGACAGCUGUAGUAUAUUUUCUAUUAUCUCUCCAAUCCAUGGAGAUCUAUCCAACAUGCUUGCGUCAAACGGGCAUAGCUGUUGGUACAAUUUUGUAUAAUGCCUUUGGUGUAUUAGCUCCUUAUGUGGUACAUUUGGGUACAAAAUUAGACAUUCGAUACCCAUAUUUUAUAUUGGGUGGAUUAUUUUUAAUUGGAGGCGUAAGUGGGUUGUUUUUACCUGAAACAUUGCAUUAUAAGCUGCCCGAUACAAUGGAAGAAGCUAAAUCUUUUGGAAAAAAUCAAAAAUUCUUCAGCUUACCACGUCCACGUUAUGAACUUCGUUUUGAUGAAAGCUCCACCGCCAAAGAAAAACUCAACCAAACAAAAUAUGCUCCUUAAUUAAAAAUAUCCAGAAAAUAAAAACGAAAUUAUUUUUUUUUUUAUUUAAUUUUAAUAAAAUUAUAUUUAUUAUUUUUUUAA